UAUAAAUAGAGUAUCCCAUAUCCUAUUCCACAUGUUCGAUUAGUGUAACAAAAAAUGAUGAGAGAUUAGAUGGUGAACAUAAUUCCGUUUGCUGUUCGAUGUAGCUCUAGACUACUACACGUUAGCCCUGCAGUGGCCAGCCGGGCGUUGCCACGUGGAAGAUUGCGCUUGCUGCAUCCCCCAUCCCCAAGGUUUUGAGCCUCCAUGGUCUCUAGAAGAUCAAAAGAUUCCACGUUCAAAACAGCGGCAUAUAUGAACAAUUAUCUUUCCAAUUUAUCUCCGGUACAACUCCCUCAUAAUGAUGAUGCCACAGCAACUGC